AUGAGUCUCAAUGAGAAGAGAGAGGAGGAGGAUGUACACACACAGAAAGCAGCUUCUCCAGAACCCAGCUGUGUGUCUAUGAAGAGUGACAGAUCUUUGCUUUGUCCUCCUAAAUUCAGUGAUGAAGCAGAGAACUCUGACCCUGAAGUGAAGAGAGAUGAUGAGAUCAGAUCUGACCUGCACCUCCAUCUGACCUGCACUGACUGUCAGACCCUCAUCAAGCAGAGAGUCAAAGACCAACACAAAACCAGCAUGAAAAACAGGUAUAAAAACUUAUUUGAGGAACUCAAACUAGAAGAGAAUCAAACGCUUCUGAAAAGGAUCUACACACAGCUCUACAUCAUAGAGGGAGAGAAUGAAGGCGUGAAUAAACAACAUGAGGUUCUACAGAUGGAGAAAACAGCCAGAACACAAGACACUCAAAUCUACUGCAAUGACAUCUUUAAACCCUUAAAUCAACCAGAAUUUGAGGAGAAACACAAAAUCAAGAGUGUUCUUACUAAAGGCAUUGCUGGAAUUGGAAAAACUGUCUCUGUGCAGAAGUUUGUUCUUGACUGGACCGAGGGAAAAGCCAAUCAGGAUGUAGAUUUCAUGUUUGUGCUUCCAUUCCGAGAAAUUAACUUGAUUAAAGAUCACCAGUACAGUCUUCACAGACUUCUGCUGGACUAUCAUCCUGAACUUCAAGAUCUGAACUCAAAGAUUUAUGAGGAGUGUAAAGUUCUGUUCAUCUUUGAUGGUCUGGAUGAAAGCAAAAUAAAACUGGUGUUUUCAGACAUUCAGAAAGUUUGUGAUGUGAAUGAGAUUUCAUCAGUGGGUGUGUUUGUGUCAAACCUUAUCACAGGAGAGCUGCUUCCCUCUGCUCUCAUCUGGAUCACCUCCAGACCAGCAGCAGCCAGUCAGAUCCCCUCAAAAUACAUCAACCGUGUGACAGAUAUUCAGGGAUUCAAUGAGCCACAGAAGGAAGAAUAUUUCAGAAAGAGAAUCAGUGAUGAGCAUCUAGCCAGCAGAAUCAUCAAACACAUUAGAAGAUCAAGAAGCCUCCACAUCAUGUGUCACAUACCCGUCUUCUGCCGGAUCUCAGCCACUGUGCUUCAAAACCUGCUGAAACAAGAUGAUAGUGCAGAAAUCCCUCAAACUCUGACUGAAAUGUAUAUCCACUUCCUGCUGACUCAGAUCAACAUGAGGAAUCAGAAGUAUAAUGAGAGAGAUCCAGAGAAACUCCUGAAGUCCAACAGAGACGUAGUUGUGAAACUUGCUGAACUGGCUUUCAAACAGCUGAUGAAGGGCAACGUGAUGUUCUAUGAGGAGGACCUGAGAGAGAGCGGCAUAGACGUCACUGACGCCUCAGUGUAUUCUGGGAUUUGCACUGAGAUCUUUAUGGAGGAAUCCAUGAUUCAUCAGAGGAAAGUUUACUGCUUCAUACAUCUGAGCUUUCAGGAGUUUCUAGCUGCUUUCUUUGUGUUUUACUCACAUGUAGUCAAGAAUGAGGAAUCACUGAAGUUGUUUCUGAAAGGGCAUGAGUGGAAUAGAUUGUAUGAGCUACUAGAAGUAGCUCUUGAUAAAUCCUUACAGAGUAAAAAUGGACACCUGGAUCUUUUCCUGCGGUUCCUGCUGGGCAUCUCACUAGAGUCCAAUCAGAGACUCUUACAGGAUCUACUUACACACACAGUGAACAGUUCAGAAACCAUCAGUAAAACCACUCAGUACAUUAAAGACAAAAUCAAGGGUCAUGAACAUCUCUCAGCUGACAGAUGCAUCAAUCUGUUCCUCUGUCUGUUGGAAAUGAAGGAUCAGACUCUGUACAGAGAGAUUCAGGAGUUUGUUAAAUCAAAGAAUCACUCAGAGAAUUAUUUCCCUCCUUCUCACUGCUCAACAAUAGCCUACAUGCUUCAGAUAUCAGAAGAGGUAAUGGAUGAGUUUGAUCUGAAGAAAUACAACACAUCAGAUGAGGGCAGAAGUAGAUUGAUACUAGCUGUGCUGAACUGCAGAAAAGCUCUACUUGCUAGCUGUAAUCUCACUGGUCUGUGCUGUAGAAGUUUGUCUUCAUCUCUACAAUCAUCAAACUCACUGAGAGAGCUGGACCUGAGUUACAAUGAUCUGCAGGAUUCUGGAGUGAAACUUCUGUCUGAGGGACUGACUGAUUCACACUGUCAACUCAACAUUCUGAGACUUGCUAGCUGUAAUCUCACUGGUCUAUGCUGUAGAAGUUUGUCUUCAUCUCAACGAUCAUCAAACCCACUGAGACAGCUGGACCUGAGUUACAAUGAUCUGCAGGAUUCAGGAGUGAAGCUAUUGUCUGAUGGACUGAAGAGUUCACACUGUCAACUCAACAUUCUGAAACUAGCUGGCUGUAAUAUCACUGAUCAGUGCUGUGAAAGUUUGUCUUCAUCUCUACAAUUACCAAACUCACUCAGAGAGCUGGACCUGAGUAACAAUGACCUGCAAGAUUCAGGAGUGAAGCUUCUGUCUGAUGGACUGAAGAGUUCACACUGUCAACUCAACAAACUGAGAUUAUCUGGCUGUAUGGUGACAGAGGAAGGCUGUUGUUAUUUGGCUUCAGCUCUGAGUUCAAAUCCCUCACACCUGAGAGAGAUGGAUCUGAGCUACAAUCACCCGGGACAAUCAUUAUUCAAGCUGCUCUCAGAUCCAAACUACAGACUGGACAAACUCAAUGUGGAUCAUGGGGGAGAGUUCAGGAUUACAACAGGACUACAGAAAUAUCCAUGUGAUCUCACACUGGAUUUAAAUACAGCAGACAUGCAUCUCACCCUGUCUGAGAGGAACAGAAAGGUGACACAUGGGACAGAAAAGCAGCCGUAUCCUGAUCAUCCGGAGAGAUUUUAUGAGUUUCAUCAGGUUCUGUGUAGAGAGAGUCUGACUGGAUGCUGUUACUGGGAGGCUGAAUGGAGCGGGAUGUGGGGGGUUCAUAUAUCUCUGACAUAUAAAGGAAUCAGUAGGAAAGGAGAAUUGAAAGAUUGUAAGUUUGGACACAAUGAAAAGUCCUGGAGUCUGAGCUGUUGUAGUAACAGAUUCACUGUUAGACACAAUAAUAAGAUCACAGUCGUAUCCGCUCCAUGUCGCUCUAACAGAAUAGGAGUGUAUCUAAACUGGUCGGCCGGCACUCUGUCCUUCUACAGCAUCUCUGACACACACGCUCUCACACACUUACACACAUUCAAAAGCACAUUCACUGAACCGCUCUAUGCUGGAUUUACAGUUUAUUCUGGUAGUUCAGUGUCUUUGUGUUAUUAAACAGCCUCCAGUAAGAAAAACUGAGACGCACAGUUGAAUGAAAGAAACACUCAGAUUAUCUCCAUCUUUAACUGAUGUAAACUCUUUCAACAGCACACACACUCAGAAUGUGGAUGAUAUUAAGAUUUAGUUGCCUGCACACAGAGCAGUGGAAAGGAGAGUGUAGUGAGUCAUGUUAUGAUACAGCUCCAUUCACAGCAGUUCUCUCUAGCUCUGCUACUCUCAAUAUAACAAUAAACACCAUUUAUUCAUAUUAUGUUGUACUUAAAAAUAAAACAAAUUCUGAAAUGUAAUAAUUUCUCCAGGAAAUUAUACAGACUUUACCAAUACAAUAUGGCUUUUCCAUCUUUCUCUUUUUUUCUCUUCCUACAUUUAAUGUUUUGUGACCAUAUAAUGCAUUUUCAACAUUAAUUAAUGAAUAGUAUAUGAAUAGUAUAAUAUAGUAUGAGAUAAUAAUCAUCCACUUUAUGUUAAAUGUAGUAUGACAUUAAUGGAAAUAACAUUUUUAGUAAAACAGCGAAUUAAGUGCUCUACAAAACACAGUUUGCAAUAAACAUUUGCUAAACAACACAGUAAAUUCUUAAAUGCUAUGACAAAAAAUUACCUGCAGCAGUUCUCUCUAUCUUUGCUGCAGAUCGUUUAAACUCAGUGUGCUAUAGUGCCACCAACGCAGCCAAUAGGAAGUGCGAUCACUUCCCUUCUUCUUCUUCUUCUUCUUCUUUUUUAACGGCGGUUGGCAUUCAGUAUUUGGUGCAUUAAGCGGGUUCUUCCAGUGCGUACUCGGUUACCAACCCCCUCUCUUCCCUUGGUCUGGGGAACCGUCGGAUGUACUAGCUAUCGACUACUGGUUCUGUGAGAGAGCGAGAGGGUCUGGGAUGCAGCCGACCAUCAGCUACAACAAGCUCUUCGCAGACACAGAAUGACAGCUGACCUGAGAUGCUCCACUGGUCCUGUCUAUCAACCUGGUCAGAAGGUCUGGCUGUCAACCCGGGACAUCAGGAUGCAUCUGCCCUGCAAGAAGCUCAGUCCCAGAUUCAUUGGCCCCUUUACCAUCAGCAAGCAGAUCAACCCGGUCACUAAUCAGCUCCAGCUACCACCACAGUACAAGAUUCACCCCACUUUCCACGUUUCACUCCUCAAACCUCACCACCCUUUUGUUUCUGUUCCCACAGAGCCUGGCACGACAGCGGAUCCCCCCUUCCCCUCAUCCUGGAGGACGGUGCGGCGUAUCAGGUCAAUGAAAUCUUGGACUCCUGGCGCCGUGGUGGUCUACUAGAAUAUCUGGUGGACUGGGAGGGCUACAGUCCCGAAGAGCGCUCAUGGGUACCUAGAAACGACAUUCUUGAUCCUUCCCUGCUCGACACCUUCCAUGCUACUCACCCAGAUCGACCUGCUCCCCGUGGAAGAGGACGACCACCACGACGUCAGGGUCCUCUGCCCUCUGGAGCGGGCCGUGGAGGGGGGGGUACUGUCACAGACACGCCAGGCUCCUCCAUCAGCCAAUCACUGCGCACUCCCUCACCAGAAUACUGAUCACACACACCUGCUCCCCAUCAGCACCUCAUCACCACAGACUUUAAAACACUCCACUCACCUCUGUCAGUUGUCCGGUCUCGUUCAUACGAAGGACUCCUCAAGUUGAUCUCCCCGUAUACUCGAUUACCUACCUGUUCUACCCCAGCGUGUUUUCCAGUCUCUGUGAUCCCGUCGUCUGUGUGUGUGAGUGUGUUCACCUUCUCUGUUCCUCCAUCCAGUCUCCGGCCAUCCACUCUACCUCCAUCCUCAAACCUGUGAGAAAAGGACAGUAUCAGUAUUGUUUAUUCAUCCCAUCUAUUAUCCUUCACCAUCUACUUACCUUCUCUGCUGUUGUUUACCUGGCUGUUCCUCAAUAAAACACCA